AUGGCGUUCGGUAUGGCACCGGCGAAACCAGGUGCACUUCCCCAAGGUGGCCCCCAGAAACACGGUGCCCCGGGCCCGGCCGCCCAGUGCAAUGUUGGGCCAGACGAGACCGACUACCUGGCGGUCCUGGAGAUAGUCGCCCAGGACUCGCGUGGUGAAUGUCAAGCCAACGUUGCCCCCUUUGGAGGCCAAUACUACGAGCUCGGAACAGUAGUCUUCACUGGCGUCGACAAUGUGGUCUCUACCGCGGGCGCGAUAAACAUCAUCUCAGACAUCACUCCGUCCAUCACCGGAACUUAUACAUUCUCCUUCCCCGUGCCGCACACGUCCAUCUCCGUCGGGUCGCCCGUCGCUGUCUAUGUCGGCUACAGCAUACCUGGCUACGGAAUAUUUGCUACGUCCACGUCUUCCUGGACCGAGAACCACCUGCCCACCAUUGCACUCACUGCUUCCACCACCACGUCCACCACACCGUCCACGGUGUUUGCCACAUCGACAUCUACCUCGACUGUUACUACCACGGCCACCAUCACGCCGGCGGCAGUGACUACAACAGUCAUCACCGGGACCGUCACGGUCCGGGCGACGACGCCAAUAACCACAACCACAGUGACAAUAACCCCGAGAGCAAAAGUCGUCUACACGCUCUCACGCAAGACAGUCACCUCGACAGUCACGUGUUUUGCAAACUGGCCUCGGCGCCGUGACCGCCAGGACGACUUGAUCGCCCGCGACGCGCCAAACUACCAGUUACCCAACUGCGGCCCGGUGGUGACGGCGACCGUCUACACGGAUAUCGUCACGCAGUUUGAGCCCUCCAUGACCACCGUUACCGAGACGGGCUACGAGACGGCCACGGUCAGCACCACGACGACGCUGGGCACGGUGACCAAGCCUGUCAACGGCGCGGCUGUCACCACCGUCACCCCGCGCGCCGUGACGUGGACCGUCAAGAUCAGAGCGGCCCGCCCCACGAGCACACGCACAAUAGUGAUUGUGGUGACAAAGCUAGUAAUUCCUCGCGGCAAGAAGACACCCUUAUGCCGCAAGGCCCCGAAGCCGCCAGUCUUGCUGCAAAACGGGCCAGACGGGCAGUGUCCACUUCCCGUGAAGAAGCAUUCCUUGUGAAGAGCACAUAGUUUUCUUUUAACAUGGCGUGGCGAUCGUUGGCUCGUUGCAAUUUGCUUCGGGCGAAGAGCAUGGGGCGAGUUGGUUUAGAGUUGAUCACGGCGAGGAGAAAAUGUUUUGGAAAAGUUUAGGCUCGUUGCAUCAACCGGCUAGCUCCUUAGUAGAGUCUCGCGUUAAACCCGGUGCAAAUUCAUUCUCUUGAAAUUGAGGAACUAUCCAGUCUUGGUCCUAUUUGUAUCAUAAUGCUCAACAUCCCUGUAGACUUGCGGGAUUGCGCGGUUGAUCUGUCAAAGUGGGUUACACAAGAG